GAAUUUUUCUGAGCAAGGAAUAGAAGGGAUCAUUCCCAAUUCCAUUCAAGCCCUGGUGAACCUCACGUCUCUCAAUCUUUCGAACAACGCCAUAGCAGGGUCAAUCCCUGACUCCUUCAGCCUUCUGCAGCUCCUCCAGAUCUUGGACAUGUCACACAACCAGCUCUCGGGAAUUAUACCAAGUGGAUUCAGCAACUUGCAAAAUCUUGUCAAGCU